AUGCCAGACUAUCAACACGACGAUGAAGAUGAAAGCGAUCGAAGCCAAGUGAUGCAGGCGGUCCUUGACGACGGAAGGGCUCUAGAAAAAGUAGGCCCAAGAUAUCAGGACGACUAUCAAGUAGUGAUGGCCGCCGUGAAGCAGUUCGGGCCUGCCUUGAAGUACGCCAGCGAGAGGCUGCGAGCCAAUCGGGCUAUUGUUGUGGCAGCUAUCUGGCAAAAAGACAGAUGGCACUUGGCAUCAAGAGCCAACCAGUACGAAUUUCCAAUCCAAUUUGCCGCACCCCAGUUUCAAAACGACGAUUGCCUCUUGAAAGAGCUUGCCAAGGAGGACCCACUACGCUUGUUGCGGCAAAUGAAAAAGACAAGCUACGGCAACAAAAAAGACGUGGUCCUCACAGCCAUGCGCAACUACAUAGGCAAGGAUCCAGUGAUCUAUGAUGUCUCCGAAGAGCUCAGAGAGGAUUCAGAUGUGUUCUCGAUGGCGGCAGAGAUGGCCAUGAACACGUGUGUUACUAGUAACUUAUCGGCUGUGGUAGGCUUGACACGAUGCUCAGAUGACAAGGAUUUCAUGAUGAACGUAUUGACGCAUUAUGGAUCGUUCCUGAUUUAUGCCUCUGACACCCUCAAAGACGACGCCGACCUGGUUUUGGCAGCAGUCCAGCAAAGCGGAACCCCGUUGCAAUUUGCUUCGGAAAGGCUAAGAGCUGAUGUGGCCAUUGCCACGGCGGCGGUUCAGAAAUCCGGGAUGGCUCUCCAGUUUGUUCCCUCACAGCUUCAAGCCAACCGAGAAUUGGUAUUGAGCGCCGUUCAGAACGAUGGCAAUGCCCUGCAAUUCGCUUCUGCCACACUACAAGAGGAUGAAGAAGUUGCGAUCAUGGCAAUGCAGUCACUCAGAAUUCGCAGAGAUGGGUGGUUGGCCAUUGCCACUGAUAAGAUACGAGCCAACCGCCGUGUUGUGCGGCAAGCCGUGCGGCAUUACGGCUAUCAGUUGCGCUAUGCAGCCCAGGAACUUCAAGAUGACAAGGGUAUUGUUAUGGACGCUGUGAGACAGGACGGUACAGCGCUUCUCUAUGCGUCAACGAGGCUUCAACAGGAUGCCGAGGUUGUCAUGGUUGCCGUGCAACAGAAUGCCAAGGCCUUGAGGCACGCCUCUGGCGGCUGCAAACUGAACUUUUCCAUCAACAUUGCCGCGGUUGCCAGUGCAGGGAGCGCGACCGACCCCGCAUUGUCGUGCGUGCCUCGUCUUCUCCUUAAUGACCAGGAAUUUGUCUUGGCGUUAGUACGCGCAAAACCAAGGGCUCUAGCCCGUUUCUUCCGGCGGGGGUGGAUGGGUUCUAUGGUCGGAUGCGCUGACGAGAGAGAGUUUGUGCUGCAGCUGAUUAGUCACCUGAGCCCGCUGUUCCCACUCGAGUACUGCGAUUGGUUCCCGUUGAAACGUAGUGAUCGAUCUAUUCUGCUGGCCGCGGUGCAAAAGAGAGGAUUGGCCCUAGAAGCGGCAAGCGAGCAGCAUAAGGACGACCCAUCAAUUGUGCUUCGAGCUGUCCAAAACAACGGACGUGCUCUGCGGUGUGCUUCGGCUCGGCUUCAAAAUGAUAGGAACAUUGUAAUGGCAGCAGUCAGCUCCGUCAGGCGCCCCAGCGACCACAGAUGCCUCGGUUACGCCCAUAAUGAGAUGCGAGACAACAAAGAGAUUGUCAUGAUAGCAGUUUCCCAUAAUGGUUUGGAGCUGAAAUUUGCCUCUCGUCGGCUCCAGCAAGACCGAGAUGUAGUUCUUGCUGCGGUAGAAAGCAAUCCCAUGGCUCUGGAACAUGCGUCUGAGGAUCUAAAAGCAGAUACGGAGAUUGUGGUCCGGGCGUUGAAAAAAGAGGGAAGAGUCCUCCGCUUUGCCACAGAAAGACUGCGCGGUGAUGUCGAUCUGGUCAUGAUGGCCAUCUCUAGCACCUGGACUGCGCUACGAUACGCUGCGGAGUCCGUACGAAACGAUGAGGGUGUCGUCUUGGCGGCAAUAUCCAAAAACGGAGUGGCCAUGUCGUUUGCCGGUGAUUCUCUCAAAAACGACGAUAGUUUUGUUGCGAAGGCGGUUGAAAGGGAUGGCAUAGCUCUCUCGUACACAGGAGAUAAACUGAAACGAGACCCGUUUCUGCGACGUGUUGCUUUCGAUGGGAGAAAGCUCCCGAGUGCCUGCGGGUCGUGCUUCUCUCAAGAUGACGGUGGCGAGGAACUUGCUUUGGCCAUAACGAGGAGCUCGUGGUUUUCAUUCGAUCUGAUGUCUCGUGUCCCAAAGCGACAUCUUGGAGACAAGGGUUUCAUGAUGAAAGCCGUUCAGCGCAAUGGCCUGGCGAUCCGCUAUGCCCGCGGGGGCCUUCAGAACGACACCGAGAUUGUUCUUGCGGCGGUGGCGAACGACAGUCAUGCUUUGGGGUCGGCGUCUGCGAGGCUACGGGACGACAAGGCAGUGGUCAUGGCUGCUGCCAACAGCAACAGGGGCCUUUGCCUGCGCCAUGCAUCAUUUCGCCUGUGUGCAAACAAGGAUGUUGUGUUGGCAGCAAUGAGAUGCGAUGGGCUGUCCUUACGGGAUGCUUCGUAUGAGUUGCGAGCUGAUAAAGAUGCAGCACUGGCCGCACUAAAACAAAACAAGCGAGCCCACGGAUAUAUCAUGGGUGAUGCUGCAAGUGACCGGGAGGUUUUGAUUGCUGCUGGUUUGGUGGAGUUUUCCAACCAUGACAUCAUUGUAUUUGCUGUCAAUGCCCUACAGGGCCGAUACAUUGUCCCAUAA